AUGCCUCAUGCGAUUCGGAAGGCCCUGUGCGAAGCAAACAUGAAGAUGCCAAAUAUAGAUGGGAUUGCCUUCACACGAGGACCGGGAAUGGGAGGCUGCCUCUCCGUGUCAAUGAAUGCUGCCAAGGCAUUAGCUGCAGCUCAUGAAAAACCAAUUAUUGGAGUGCAUCACAUGCAAGGGCACGCUUUGACCCCUCAGCUGACCAACGGAGAUGAGAUGGAUGGAUACCCGUUUCUCACCCUGUUAAUAUCAGGUGGUCAUACAAUGAUCGCGCUCGUGCGUUCUGCCACAGUAUUCAAGAUCAUGGCAUCGACCGUGGAUAUUGCAAUCGGAAAUGCAUUCGACAAAGCAGCUCGACUACUUGGUGUCGUUCCUGAUCCCGGUAAAGGAUACGGUCACGCAUUAGAAGCUUUUUGCAGGACCGGUGACGAAGCCGGAGAGCCUGCUCACUUGCCCACUGCAGGAAGACCAACCUUCGCACCCCUAUCGUAUAGCAUUCCGAAUCCUCAUCAACCUUCCCAAUUCUCAUAUGCUGGGUUAACAUCCGCUGUUCAACGCGCUCUCAGGGACGAUACUGUCGAUAAGCAAGGGAUUGCCCGUGCAUUCCAAAACGCCGCUUUCGCACAGCUCAUCCACAAGUUGAAUAAUGCGAUACAAGAGUGUCAACGGGACGGUGUCUCGAUACAAGCAGUGGUUGUGAGUGGAGGUGUGGCCAGUAAUCUGACCCUUCGUCAAAGGCUUCGGGAGACGGCCUUUGUCGGCGUCAACGGCAAGCCUCCUCCCCGAUUCAUCUUUCCUCCGCCCGAGCUCUGCACAGACAAUGCUGCUAUGAUCGCUUGGGCGUCAAUGCAUAGAUUUCUUCAGCAUGAUUUUGAUGACUAUAGUAUUCAACCACUUGCAACCUGGGAUCUUGAGAGCAUUGGCGCUCAGAAUGAAGGCGCACUUUCCACGACCUAG